AUGACCACACCCGAGGCUUCCCUUGUUCUCCCGCAUAGUUCUUCGACCUCCGCUGCACAACCUCCAACUUCUUCGGUUCCACAGAUUGUCACCAUCCAGAAUGAUAAUUCUGCGUUGCCUACAAGAGUUAUUCUCAAUGAGACCAAUUAUGCUCUUUGGUAUCAACUCAUGGAAAUUCGAAUUGCUACUCGUGGAAAGUUGGUCUAUCUUACUGGCUCUAUUGCUAUGCCAUCUGAAUCUGCUACUACUUUUGAUGCGUGGACCACUGAAAAUCUACAAGUCAAAGGUUGGUUAAUUGAUUCUAUGUCCCCUGAGUUGAUGGGCCGCUUUAUUUGUCUUCGCACUGCCAAUGAGAUUUGGGAUGCUGUCAAGAAAGUAUUCUAUGAUGGAUCCGAUGAAUCUCAAGUUUACGAAUUGAACAGGAAGGCAUUCACCCUCAAACAGAAUGGCCAACCUGUUUUCAAAUAUUAUAGCAUGCUUCAGAGUCUUUUUCAGGAACUGGAUCAUCGCGACCCCCCAUCUAUGGAACCUAAACUGGAUCUUGACCAGAGUUUUGCUUAUGUUCGCCGUGAUGCACAACAACGCGCCAAUUUUACUGGUGCUGCCGCCUCUCUUGAUGCUACUGUCAUGGUGGUUCAACGUUCCAAGGGACCACCUUCAUCUCAUGGGAGUUCCUCGACCCAGGGGGUGAAAGACAAACCAGUUUUCAAGUGCACUCAUUGUGGUGGUUCAAAGCACACUCGUGAACAUUGUUAUGAAUUAGUAAGCUUUCCAUCUUGGUGGGAUCAUUCUAAGAAUAAAAGAAGUGGUCAUAAGGCACUCCAAGCCUCUGCUACUCUAGAGACCCCCCUUAAUGUCUGGAUUAUUGAUUCAGGCGCCUCUAAUCAUAUGACAUGUGAUUCGAAUAAAAUCACAUCUUUGUCUCCAUCUUCACAGUCGGUAGUAUCCAAUGCUAACGGUAGUUCCUCUCCUGUUGUUGGAGAGGGUUCUUUAUCCCUUAUAGAUUCGUUGCACCUGGAUUCAGACAUCCUCACAAGGAAGAUAAUUGGUUAUGGUACUAGAAGGGGCAAGCUGUAUUUUCUGGAUUUGGCACCAAGUGUUGAGACUUGGAUUUCUCAAGCCUUCAAGACUAGUGGAGAUCCGACCGAGAAAAAUCAUGUGAUGUUUGUGAACUGGCAAAAAGCCAUAGAGUUUCCUUCCCUUUGA